CACGAGACGACCAUGGCGACCGCACAUGUCGAGCGCGACCGAACGCUGUCUCAGCUUUCCAUCCACGAAGAAGAAGACACUGACCACGACAAAGUCGAUGCGUUGGAUACGCAUCACGAGGAUCAUCAAAAGCACGCGUACUUGCAGUCCAUCUACAACAAGGCGAAGGAGAGAAAGAUGUCGCUCGUAGAUGAGAAUGACAAUGAUGGAGAACCCGAUGAUGACCUGAGCCACUUCUUCGAACGCAUUCCCGAGCCAUACUUGGACCAACGAACCUUUCAGCGCAUCAGCUUUAGCGCAGGUGGCGAUGAAAUCGACCCGGAAGCGGCAGAAGUGUGUGAAGGCAUCUUGAAGUGCUUGGCGUUGCGAGACAAGUGGAUCAAACACAGCAACGCCAUUGUGAUUCCAGACGAGGACUCGGUCGAGUACACCACUCCGCUCACGCCUGGACGAAGCAAGUUCCGCCACCGCGACGACAUUCCUUACGAUAUUUUCAGCACAAAGGCUCCAAGUGGCACCGACCACCGCAUCGAAAUCCACGAUGGCGUCAUUGUCGCGUACCCUAACGAGUCUACCGACCCGAUUUUGAAACCAUCGUCGCAGGAUGAGUUCUACGAAGACUGGUUCGAAGUGAAGCGCAUCAUAAACUCUGGACCUGUCAAGACAUUUGCGUUCAAAAGACUCAAGCUGCUAGAGUCGCGGUUCAACCUGCACGUCCUGUUGAACGGCGACCGUGAACUGGUGUCGCAGAAAGCCGUGCCGCAUCGCGACUUCUACAACAUUCGUAAAGUUGACACGCACAUUCACCACUCGGCGUGCAUGAAUCAAAAGCACUUGCUUCGGUUCAUCAAGUCGAAACUGAAGAACAACCCUGGGGAAAUCGUGAUCUUUCGCGAUGGUCGCUUCAUGACGUUGAGCGAGGUGUUUCGGUCCCUCAACUUGACCGCGUACGACUUGAGCGUCGACACACUGGACAUGCACGCGUCCAAUACGUUCCAUCGCUUCGACCGGUUCAACCUCAAGUACAACCCUGCGGGGCAGAGUCGGUUGCGCGAGAUCUUCCUGAAGACAGACAACCUCAUCGCAGGACGGUACCUCGCCGACAUCACGAAGGAAGUGAUGAGCGACCUGCAGCAGUCCAAGUACCAGCUCGUCGAGUGGCGCCUGUCCAUUUACGGCCGGAAGCAUUCAGAAUGGGACAAGCUCGCGCGCUGGUUCUACGUGAACCGCCUCGCGUCGCCGCAUGUGCGGUGGAUGAUCCAGAUCCCGCGCCUCUUCUUCCUCUACAAAAAGGCCGGCGACGUGGACAAUUUCGAGCACAUGAUCCAAAAUAUUUUUUUACCGCUCUUCGAGGUGACGAAGGACCCGAGCUCGAACCCGCAGCUCCACACGUUCCUCCAAGCGGUGAUUGGGUUCGACUGCGUCGAUGACGAGAGCAAAACGGACCCGAUGCGUGCCGAACGAGGCAAGCCAUUGCCACGUCCCGCGGACUGGACGAACGAGUCGAACCCGCCGUACGAUUACUGGUGCUACUACUUGUACGCGAACCUCGCAACGCUGAACGCGUUCCGUCGGUCCAAAGGCUUCUCGACAUUUACGUUUCGACCGCAUGCGGGCGAAGCCGGUGACACGGACCACUUGGCCGCAACGUUCUUGUGUGCGAAUGCGAUUAACCACGGGAUUACACUGCGCAAGUCCGCGGCGCUGCAAUACUUGUACUACUUGGCCCAGAUCGGGAUCGCCAUGUCACCGCUCUCCAACAACAAACUGUUCCUCGACUUUUACCGAAACCCGUUCCCGCAGUAUUUUGCACGUGGGCUGAACGUGUCCUUGAGUACAGACGAUCCAUUGAUGCUUCAUUACACCAAGGAUCCGCUGUUGGAAGAAUACUCGGUCGCGGCGCAGGUCUGGAAGCUUUCUGGGACCGACAUUUGCGAAAUCGCGCGCAAUUCGGUGCUGCAGUCCGGCUUCGAGCACCCGUUCAAACAGCACUUCCUCGGGAAGAAGUACUAUCUGCCGGGUGCUGCUGGCAACGACAUUCGCAUGUCCAACGUCCCGAACAUCCGCUUGGACUACCGCCACGAGACCCUCACCAGCGAGCUCGCGUACCUCCAGCAUGCUCAUGGAUGACAACGCCGCACAUGGUUGAAGCAACUUGCUAAAAAAGACAACGAGUAAAAUGUAUAACGCGUUUAUAACCCCGAUA